AUGGAUACAAUCGACACAUAUUCGGUUGACCGCAUGGAGAAGCGCCCUGGCGUGGAUGGGCGCAUCAAAAAUUCUCUUAAUCCCUGGAGAGGGUAUGAAUUCUACUACGAUGUCAUUCUCGGUGGCCAAUAUACCUUCCGGAUCAUCGAUCUGCACAAACAAUAUGGGCCCGUAGUCCGCAUCAACCCGUGCGAGCUUCAUUUCUACACGCCUCAAUUCUACGAAGAGAUCUACGCGGGGCCUACCCGCCGUCGAGACCGAUGGGAAUGGUACACCAAAGCCUUCGGCAUGCCCGGUGCCGGAGCGAGCACGAAUCCCCAUGACUUGCAUAAAGCUCGUCGAGCGGCUCUAAGCCCAUAUUUCAGCAUGCAGAGUGUGCGCAAGUUGCAGGGCGUCAUUGAGGAGAAAGCCGAUUUAUUGAUGAAGAGGUUCAAGGGAUUUGGAGAGCCCGCCCAGGAGAAGAAACCGAUGAAUCUCGAGGUGGCGUUUGCUGCUUAUGCUUAUGACGUGGUGGUAGAAUACUCGUUUGCACGAAGUGAACACCAUCUCGAGGCCGAAGAUUUCGAACCAUGGAUGCAGAAAGCGGCCGUGGGCACCAGUUCGCUAGGCCAGAUCGCAAAGCACAUGUACUGGUUCUUCUGGAUCAUGCUGAAUAUCCCAGACUGGCUGGCCCGGAAGUUGGAUCCGAACGGUAAGGCUGAGUAUACGCUCACCUUUCGGGGAAGCGUGGAGGGGAACCCAAUGCUGAUCCGGGUUAUUCUCACAGCCAGCCGAUACCUGCAAUUCAAGCGAGACAUCAACACCCAGAUCGAAAACAUCCGCACCGGCCUCAAUACGUCGCACAAAACCGCCUCUCAUCCCACCAUCUUCCACGAGAUCCUCAACAGCUCGCUGCCCGAGGCUGAAAAACGCACAUCCCGCCUCGCUGACGAAGGCGCCACCGUCGUCAGUGCUGGAACCGUAACCACUGCCUGGGCCCUCCCUGUGGCUGUCUUCUACUUACUCUCCAAUGCCACAAUCCUCCGAAAUCUGAAAACCGAACUGUACGCCGCGAUCUCAGACCCCACGAAAUCCACACCGCUCGUCGAACUUGAACGCCUGCCCUACUUGACGGGCGUGAUCCAAGAAGGUUUGCGUCUCAGCUAUGGAAUCUGCACGCGCCUUGAGCGCAUUGCACCGGACGAGACGCUGUUCUUCCAUGACAGCCACACGGAUAAACAAUGGGCUAUCCCGCCGGGCACCCCGUGCAGCAUGACUAGUAUCCUCGUCCACCGAAACUCGGACAUCUUCCCCGAGCCAAUGACAUUCCGUCCCGAGCGUUGGAUCGAAAACCCGCGGCUUGACAAGUACCUCAUCGCAUUUUCCAAGGGGAAAAUGCAGUGUUUGGGCAUCAACCUGGCAUAUGCCGAAUUAUACCUCAUGCUGGCCAAGUUGUUCCGCGUUUAUGGAAGCAGAGAAGUCAGAUUUGACGGGGACAUUGGACGGUUGGAUCUUUUUGAUACUACGCUCGAAAGAGAUAUCGAGGUCGCGGAGGAUAGGUUCAUUCCGUUGCCAAGAAGGGAUACAAAGGGCGUGAGGGUCAUGGUGGAAUUGUUCUAA